GCUUUCCAACGUCACGCACGAGGCACAACAUGGCCCCUGUCAGCCGGACUAUUUGUGCGGCAGCACUCUCCCUGCUCUGUCUGUGCCGGGCAGUGAUUUCCACCGAGCACUUCUCCACUCUGACUCUGUUUAACAAUGAGCUCCGCAAGCAGGGGUGCAGCUCUCUGUCCGAGUUGGAGGACUACGCCGCAGACUGCGAGUCUUCGGUUUUACAGCUGGAGGACCCGGAGUGUGAGGAGGGAAGCAGCCCGCCCUGCAAGUCCGUCUUCUCUCUUAACGCAGAGAAAAUCCUGAAUCAAGCAAAGCUGUUUAUAGAGCAGAAGAAAAUCCCCUUCCCCGUAGAAAACCAAAACACAAACGAAGAGCUCUCCAUAUGCUACGUUCUGAUCGGUAACGGCCUCUACGACGAGGCCAUCAAGCAUUUCUCCCUCCUACUGCAGAACGAUCCUGAGCUGGUCAGUGCCAUUUAUGGAAGAGGAAUCGCUUAUGGGAAGAAAAGUCUGCAGGACAUAAAAAAUGCUGACUUGGCUUUAUACGAGCUCAAUCGAGUCAUUGCCCUGGAGCCAAACUGGCCAGAGGUCUAUGAACAGAGAGCAGAGAUCCUGUCUCCUUUGGGCCGCAUCAGCGAGGCUCUGAGCGACCUGACCAAAGCCAUCCAGCUGCAGCCUUCAGCUCGGCUCUACAGGCACAGAGGAACGCUGCUCUUCAUCUCUGAGGACUAUGUGGCAGCCAUGGAAGACUUCCAGAGAUCCUUAGAGCUGAAGAAGAACCAGCCCAUUGCCAUGCUGUACAAAGGUCUCACAUAUUUCCACAGAGGCAUGCUGAAGGAGGCCAUUGAGACAUUUAAGGAGGCGCUGAAGUUAAAAUCUGACUUCAUAGAUGCCUAUAAGAGCCUGGGACAGGCCUACAGAGAGCUGGGGGAUUUUGAAUCAGCGAUGGAGAGCUUCCAGAAAGCUCUCAUGAUGAACCAGAACCACAUUCAGUCGCUCCAGCUGCGGGGAAUGAUGCUGUACCACCACGGCUCGCUGCAGGAGGCGCUCGGAAACUUUAAAAGGUGUCUGCAGCUGGAGCCGUACAACGAGGUGUGUCAGUACAUGAAGGGCUUAAGCCACGUAGCCAUGGGGCAGUUCUACGAGGGCAUCAAAGCUCAGACUAAAGUCAUGCUCAACGACCCCCUCCUGGGGCAGAAGGCCAGCUCUGAAUACCUCAAAGUGAAAUACCUCAGAGAGUACUCUCGUUACAUGCACUCCCACCUGGACAUCCCGGUAGCCGAGUACAACGUGGACCAGGAUCUGCCUGGCAACUUCAAGAAUCACUGGGCCAAAAACCUGCCUUUUCUAAUAGAAGACUAUGAAGAACAACCCGGUCUGCAGCCUCAUAUAAAAGAUGUUCUUCCACAGAACUUUGAAAGCUACAGCAUAGAGGUCCAGAAGAUGAUUUGCAGCGCCGACCAUCUGGGGGCGCUGAUGCAGUACGACACUCCGGGCUUUUUACCUAACAAGAGAAUACACAGAGCUAUGGGUUUAGCAACACUGGAGGUGAUGCAGGCUAUGCAUCGGACGUGGAGCAACUCCAAAGUACGUGUCAACGGAAAGACCAGGCAGAUGCAGUGGAGAGACAUGUUUGACAUAGCAGUCAAAUGGAGACGGAUUGCAGACCCAGACCAGCCCGUGCUGUGGCUGGACCAGAUGCCUGCUAGAAGUCUUAGCAGAGGCUUCAACAAUCAUAUCAACCUCAUCAGGGGGCAGAUAAUCAACAUCAGAUACUUGGCAUAUUUCGACAACAUCCUUGACUUCAUCAAAGACAGAAUACUGGUUUAUCACGGAGCAUUCAAUCCUAGAGGGCUUUUGGAAGUUCGACAAGCCCUUGAAAGCGUGAAUAGAAUAGAACAUCUGCUUCCUAUAAUGAAGCAGUUCAACAGUAAAACAAGAGACGGAUUCACCGUCAACUCCAAGGUGCCGAGCAUGAAGGAUCCUGGUAAAGAGUAUGAUGGUUUCACCAUCACCAUCACUGGAGACAGGGUGGGAAACAUGUUGUUCUCUGUAGAGACGCAGACGACAGAGGAGAGGACGCAACAAUAUCAGUCAGAGAUCGAGUCCAUCUACAAAGACCUGACUGUCAAAGGAAAGGCGCUGAUGCUCUCCACAGAACUGGGGGAUGCAGAUGCUGUGAGCAACCUCAUCCUUUCUCUGGUGUAUUAUUUCUGCAACCUCAUGCCUCUCUCCAGAGGAUCCAGUGUUGUGGCAUAUUCAGUGGUGAUGGGGGCGCUAAUGGCCAGCGGGAAGGAGGUCAUCGGCAGAAUCCCUAAAGGAAAGUUGGUGGAUUUUGAAGCCAUGACUGCACCGAGUCCAGAGAACUUCAGCAAAACCACAAAGGGCUGGAUGCACUUGAAGAGUUUGCCAAGCUGGUACCAGAGUCUUCCAUCCGUGUCGGACACUUUCCCCACCAUCAGAACCAUGAUCGAGGUCCUCAAUACAGACUCGUCCUCAUAUUGUCCAAAAAAGUCUUAACUGCUGCAGAAAGCCCGGCAGAGCCAGACAACAGUUCUGUCCGUCUCCGCUUUCCGGGCCUGGGCUGAACAAGCACAAACACAUCUGCCUGCACCGCAUCGGACAUCUUUAAGUGAAUAUUUUGGGUUGACAGUCAGCUCUUUUGGAAAAUCUCUAAUUGGCACUUUAAACAUUGAUAUUUUUAUAAACAGAAGCAAACCUUCAGGACUUGUGGACUCCAGAUACUUGAAGCUGUUUCUCUUGAUCACUCACAGCUAACAUCCCUGAUUUUAUCAAGCCUUAAACUCUGAUUUGGCGUCACUAGUCUGAGAUUUCAGAAGAGUUUUUUAACCAUCUGGUUCCAAACCUUUGUAUUUUUGAGCUGGUUACAGCUUUUUCCUCUUGACUUUUUCUGUCGUACUUAAAAGAAUAUUGACAAUUGAAAAAGUAGAAACUCCAGGUUUAUAGUUUAACCAAAUUACUUUACGUUGUUAUACUAUAUCAAAGAUGGUGCAAUAAAACACUUCUCAGGCCUUUUAAGUGUUUUUGGCAAAUGUAAAAUUAAAAUAAGGGUUCAUGUUAUGGUUGUCCUCUAAAAUCGUUGGCUGGAAAACCUGUAAAGACAGAAGAAGCACAAAACAUUAUUUCAUUUAUUUUCUGUAUUUCAGUCAAAUCUUUUAAGCCUAAGAGCUUUAUUUUUUCAUCCAGCUAAACACCUUUAUUUUGAAAUGUCCACAGAAAUAUCACUUUAGUUAAAUUGCUUAAAAGUAAGAACAUGAACAGCUUUGUAAAAUUAUUGAAGUUUAUGCCAAUUUCUAUUAUUUUUUUUGGUUUGGCUUUAUCAGAGCAAAAAGGCUGCCAGAAAUGUCUUCUUCACUUAAAGAAGAAAACCGUCCAAAAUCAUCCUGAUAUUUCAACUGCAUCAUUCAGAUUAUUUCUUUCCCUUGGUAAGUUCCAAACAUAAAGGAGAAGUUAUGAAUCACAAACUGACAUAAAAGUCAGAAAGCUCCGCCCCCAACCGCUAACUGAUUGUACUUUCAUCUGCUCAAGUGCUUCAGAGUGAAGACUGUACAACAACCUACAAACUUGAAGUUUUUCUAUAAACAGUCAAUAAAUCUGGUGACAGUUUC